AAACGACAGCGAGGAGGUCGAGCAGGAAAAUCGCGCGACGACGACGAUCGCGGUAUGCUGGAAAAGAGCGACAUGAAAAACGAGCGCUUCAGCUCAUAUUACAAGGCUCAGCACAUCAUUCCUGAGGAGGAAUGGGAUCAAUUCAUGGAGGCAUUGAGACGUCCCUUACCUACCACAUUCCGCAUUGCGGGAAGUCGAGAGAUCGCUCAUGCUCUCAAUGAUGCCAUCAAGAAAACUUAUGUGCCGUUGUUGAGCGAUGUUGUUUUUGAGGGUGAAGUUGUACCGCCUCCGUCUCGGAUUCCUUGGUAUCCAGAAGACUUGGCCUGGCAAUUCAAUGUUUCCAAGAAAGUUCUGAGGAAGCAACAAGCAUUCAAAAAAUUCCACUCUUUCCUUGUACAUGAGACUGAAGUCGGUAAUAUAUCAAGACAGGAGGCAGUCAGUAUGCUUCCACCACUGUUCCUCGAUGUGCAGCCACACCAUAAGGUCGUUGACAUGUGUGCGGCUCCUGGCUCAAAGACAGCACAACUCCUGGAAGCUCUGCAUUCGCAGGACACUGCGACAGCAACAUCCAUUCCUCCAGGACUUUUGAUAGCGAACGAUAGCGACAGCAGGCGGGCGCACCUCCUCAUCCACCAGUCUGCGCGUCUUCCCAGUCCGGCUUUCAUGGUCACGAAUCUGGAUGCAUCGAUUUUCCCUGUGCUAAGACUUCCCGUAACGACCGCGGAUCCUCGCCGUGGCGUCAAAAAAUCUCCGAAUCAACUCCUAUUUGAUCGCAUUCUAUGCGAUGUGCCCUGCAGUGGUGACGGUACGCUACGAAAGAAUAUUGGGAUAUGGAAGCGGUGGCAGCCUAUGGACGGGAAUGGCCUACACAGCCUCCAAACCCGCAUUCUACAGCGGGCCAUGCGCAUGUUGGAGCCCGACGGUCGUAUUGUUUAUUCGACUUGCUCACUAAACCCCGUCGAAAACGAAGCAGUCAUAGCAGCUGCUUUGAAUUCUAAUCCUGAUUUCCAGCUGAUCGAUGUCUCUGCGCAGUUGCCGGAGCUAAUCAGACGACCAGGCAUAAGUUCAUGGGCACCUACCGUGAAUCGCACAAUAAAUACUACCUUCGACACCUGGGCUGCAUACGAUGAAACCCUGUCGGAGGAACAACGGGCAGACAGCAAGAUAUCGGAGACCCACUGGCCUCCUGCUAACGCAGAGUCCCUGAAGUUACAGCAUUGUAUGCGAAUAUAUCCCCACCUUCAGGAUACGGGUGGAUUCUUUGUUGCUGUACUCGAAAGAAAGCCGCGAAAAAGUGGUCAUGCCAGUGUUGCAGCGAAAAGAGAUGCGGAGGAAGCUGACAUCGCUGUCCCGGAAGCCAAAAAGGUUAAGCUUGACCUCACUGGUCUAGCAGAACUCCAACAGAGUACUUCGUCCCUGCCUACACCAAUGUCUGAGGACGACAGUUCACAUCCAUUGGUGUCGGACACUAUCGAGGUAGAUGCGCCGGCUUCCUCAGAUGCAAAGAAAGACACAUUCAAGGGUAAGGCCAAGCUUUCGGACCCAUCGUUCAAGGAGAUGCCCUACACAUUCCUCGAACACAAUGAUUCAACCUUAAUAUCCUGCAUAGAUCAGCUUCAUCUUACGGCCAACUUCCCGUUGUCGAACGUCCUUGUCCGCAAUCCGGCAGGCGACGCCGUACGAUCCUUCUAUCUCACCAACGACCUCGUGAAAGCUGUCAUUCUGAACAACGACUACACUCGUAUGCGCCUGAUGACGAGCGGGACAAAAGUCAUCACCAAACAAGAGGCAGGACGUGGCCUCGAAGCACAAUUCCGUGUCCUUGGUGAAGGCUUGCCGGUCGUCCUUCCGUACAUCGAUCCGAGCGUGAUAAUGGACGCUGAGUUUGCGACUUUGAGGACUCUUUUGAUCACGUAUUAUCCACUCUGCGCGUCUUUUUCGGACCCAUUCCGGACGGCCAUUGAGAAUAGAAGUCCUGGAAGUCAUAUCGUCCGGUUCCCAGCUGGUCAGUCGAAUGACUCCACGCUGUCACACGACCUCCUUCUACCUUUGUGGAAGUCCAAUGUUUCUGUAACUCUCAUGAUCGACAAGAAGGCAAAAAGCGCCCUCAGUUUGCGACUCUUCGGUGAAGACAUAACAACUGCUGCGCGUAACGGUGGAAAGAAGGGGCCUCAGGCCUCCCAGCUAGCACAAAAUACAGGCGAUGUAGCCCCAGAUGAAGGCGCCGAGAACGAAGCUGAAGAUGUAAAUUUAGAAGAUGAGGGUGACGAUGUAGCAGAGCAGUGACACUUGUAGCAAUUUUUUUGUGCGUUAAUUCCUGACGUCAUAUCCGGGCUAAUCCAUGGCUAAUUGAUGUAUGCCUCCCACGGCAAGUCCGUAUCGCAGAUAUGCCAGUGUAACGAAGAAUCAUAUACUUAAACCACGACAUGGACUUGAGGCCUCCUUGCUGUCAAUCGUCAUUUCGCACCUUCCUGUCAUCCUUACAAUUUGGUGAUCGCCACAGACACCGCCUCUGCUAUUUUACGCAAAAGCUGCAUGGGGAGUUGCAGGGACUCUGCGUUAUCUGUGACGCUUGUUGUCUAACUCAAUGUAUCCCUGAAUGUGUGACUCAUGAGACUCGUAUUGGGUUUUGACGAUCUUCCAAC